AGUAAACUUUUCUAUAGUAUUCGUGUUUGCAGGCAUGAUGCAAUUUUGUAAAUAAAGUAACAGUCAGAAAUUAUCAAAUUACCGCAUGUGUGAUUACAAGCAGAGUUUAAUAAAUAAAGCAAGUUACAUUUAUCUAUUUUAAUUUAUUUUUCAAUUCUUAAAAUAGUAAUUUGAAUUUUAUAACUUUCGAAUAAAUAAUAGACUUCUUACAAUGGAAACUCCACAAUCAUCUUUUGAAUGUGACUGUCAGGAAGAUUCAAUUUCAGUUGCAAGUGCCAGUGAUAAAUUUGACAAGUGCUGUAGUCUACAACAAAAUCUGUCAUCUGAAAUUUGCAAGCAAGCUUCUGUGAUUCCUAAUAAAUCUUACUUGCCCUGGCAUGAUUAUUUCAUGAGUCUGUGUUAUUUGACUGCUGCUCGUAGUAAAGAUCCCAAUACAAAAGUUGGUGCUUGUAUAGUUGAUAAAGAAAAUAGAGUUGUUAGUUUAGGAUACAAUGGCAUGCCAAGAGGUAUAAAAGACGAUGAUUUGCCAUGGGGCAAAGUAGCUGCUCAUAGUUAUGAAACUAAGUAUCCUUAUGUGUGUCACGCUGAAAUGAAUGCAAUUCUUAAUGAAAGGCAUGCAGCUCUUGAUGACUGUUCAAUAUAUGUAUCAAAGUUUCCUUGCUGUGAAUGUGCCAAGUUAAUAAUUCAAGCUGGGAUAAAGAAAGUAGUAUUUUCUGAGCUGAAACCUGAGCCAUGGGAAGAACAAGUUCCUACAAGAAAAAUGUUUUCUCUUGCUGGAGUCACUUGCAGGAAAUUCAUACCAUCACUCCACCAGUUGAAUUUGAAUGUCACUGACGGUAUUGGAAGCGUAUCCAUUACAAAGUGAAGUUUUGGAAUGAAUCAAAGUAUUUUUUAAAUUUACAUAUCCUCUCAUUUUACUUAUACAAGCUGUAAGCAACAAUUUUUUUGUACAUAUUUGUAUUUUUUAU